AGGGUGGUAAGAGAGGCCCAAGACCUGGGCACUGACUUGAAGCUGCUCUAACAAAACUUUCUGCCUAAACUUCCUAAGUCCUUGACUGGUCACAGCAGAGCAUGGCUCUUUGGUUCCUCCAAAGUCAGCUUCUAUAUGCCCUUUAGCCCCAGGCACCUUUAAAAAAUAUUUGUUGAAUUGAUCAGCAUUGGGUAACUUUGGAAUUGGAGCGCGUUUAUAAAUGAUAUUGCACCCAAUGCUUGAGGUCAGCUGACUGUAUUUUGAGGUUGACCCCAGAGUGGUUAAUGAGUACUUCCCCAUGUUCGGAGGUGAUGUGUGUUCCUUGUGGUGUGAGUGGCAUCUGGGUGGCAACAGGGACCCUUCAAACUUUUCUCUCACCCCAGUUCAAGCCAUCCGCUGUCUGGAAUAUUGGCUGCCGUCUCUUUCUUGGGGAAGAAGGAGGAAAAUUCUAUACGUGCUGUCUGAACUUACUAGAAAGGGUCUUCAAGGAAGUGGAAUCAGUGUUAAAAUUUUUCUGUGAGUUCUCUGGAUCUUUAUUUUAUUGUGGAUCACAGUGACUGCUUGCCCAGAAGUGGCCACAGCCCUAGCACUGAACUUGGAUGCUUUGACUUGGAUGGCAAGUAAUCCCAGCAAUCUCUACAGCAACAUGUCUGACGCCUUGGCCAACGCCGUGUGCCAGCGCUGCCAGGCCCGCUUCGCGCCCGCGGAGCGCAUCGUCAACAGCAACGGGGAGCUGUACCACGAGCACUGCUUCGUGUGUGCCCAGUGCUUCCGGCCCUUUCCUGAGGGGCUCUUCUAUGAGUUUGAGGGCCGGAAAUACUGCGAACACGACUUCCAAAUGCUGUUUGCCCCGUGCUGCGGAUCCUGCGGCGAGUUCAUCAUUGGACGCGUGAUCAAGGCCAUGAACAGCAACUGGCACCCGGGGUGCUUCCGCUGUGAGCUGUGUGAUGUGGAGCUGGCUGACCUGGGCUUUGUGAAGAACGCGGGCAGGCACCUGUGCCGACCUUGCCACAACCGUGAGAAGGCCAAGGGCCUAGGAAAGUACAUCUGUCAGCGGUGCCACCUGGUCAUUGAUGAGCAGCCCCUCAUGUUCAGGAAUGACGCCUACCACCCAGAUCACUUCAGCUGUACCCACUGUGGGAAGGAGCUGACUGCCGAGGCCCGGGAGCUGAAGGGUGAGCUCUACUGCCUACCUUGCCAUGACAAGAUGGGGGUCCCCAUCUGUGGGGCCUGCCGCCGGCCCAUUGAGGGCCGUGUGGUCAACGCGCUGGGCAAGCAGUGGCACGUGGAGCACUUUGUCUGUGCCAAGUGUGAGAAGCCAUUCCUGGGCCACCGACACUAUGAGAAGAAGGGCCUGGCCUACUGCGAGACCCACUACAACCAGCUCUUUGGGGACGUCUGCUACAACUGCAGCCAUGUGAUCGAGGGUGAUGUGGUGUCUGCCCUCAACAAGGCCUGGUGUGUGAACUGCUUCUCCUGCUCCACCUGCCACAGCAAGCUCACCCUGAAAGUCAGUGGGGCCUGGACUGCUGGCUUCAUCCCCAGGAACAAGUUUGUGGAGUUCGACAUGAAGCCAGUAUGUAAGAAAUGCUACGAGAAGUUCCCGCUGGAGCUGAAGAAGCGGCUGAAGAAGCUCUCAGAUCUGACGUCCCGCAAGGCCCAGCCCAAGUCCGUGGAUGUCAACUCUGCCUAAAGGCUCCCCAGUUGCCUGGCCCCCUUCUCCUGGCUGCCUCCCACUUCUCCACUCUUUCCUUCUCUCAGCCCCGUCCCCUGCCUUCUGCCCUCUCCCCACUCACCAGGGCCUCCCUCCCAUCUGGUCUGGGUCUGUGUGCUCCAGCACCUCCCUCCUUGGCCAUCCUCUCCUUCCUCUUCUGUGCAGAGGCCUGAUCCGCACCUGACAGCCGCUUCCACCUGUGCCCCUGACCUGUCCUGCUCUGCAGGGGUCUUCUUGGCACUCACUCUGCUAUGGAGCCUCAGCCCGAGUGGCACGUGGAGCACCCACGGCCAUCAGGCCCAGGCAGGCGGAGGCUUCUGGGGCGGGGGACACCACUCUUCAAUCCCACAGUCAGUCACUCAAUCACGUAGGGUCCCUCUGCUCAUCCUGGGCCAUGCCCACCCACAAACCGGCUGGAGGGACGUGGCCCCAGCCCCUCCCCUACUCCAGGACCCUCUCUGACAUCUUGUCUCUGCCACCCUCCUCAAGCUGUGGUUCCCCUCUCCUCAAACCCAGGAUAUACGCUGAGCCUCUGGGCAUGGCCUGGGGGCCGGGAGGUGGUGGAGUGAGAGGCGGCUCUCUCCCACUUCCAGGGCGGACCCUUCCUCCGUGGCCAGCUUAGACCUGGCCGUGGGGCUCACCUUUGCACAAUGAAGGCUUAUAUUCACGUG